GGCAUACAUAGUCACAAGAAAAUCGAGGGUAAUCUGCUUCGCUUGUCCUUUCACUCGUAACGAGCGAAGAUGCUCCCAUGGCGAGGAUCAGCGACGAUCUUCGAAACAGAACAAAGAAGGAAAGUGGAUCGUCGGGCUAGUCUCCACAAUCGAGAAGCAAGAAGCAGUAUUCGACAAUCGUAUAUAGCGGGCAACGCAUGCGCUAUCUAUUCACCUUCUUACACUUCUCCUAUAUCAAAACAUAUAUCCUUCUUAUCAACGCUAGUUCCUUGCUACCAUAUCAAAGUGAACGACGACUUCGCCAUAUGUAUAACCUUGACGAACCCGCCUGCUGGCUUGAGAACGACGGAGCGCGCAUUACUCCCUUCUACGCCCAGGAGGUAUUCUGCCAAGGGAGUCCUACCUGGCUAUCCUACUUGUGUAGCAGGGCCAAUUCUACCUUCACUGUCAUCGUGGACUGCCGUCUCUACAUCCAGAGAAUGUGCACUGUGGCUUUCCCUGACGUUCAAGCGAUGCUGCAUAUCGACGGUAUCGAAGUGGCCGCGCUUGUUACGGAUGUACGCAUCGGGGAAACUCUGCUUGAGUUUGAAGGGGUGUAUGACGGAGACGAGGCCAUCAGGCCAUUUCGUUUUGAGAAAUUGCGAAUGAAGGAGAAUGGCUAUAAGCCGUGUGACGAGAUCCUCCGUGGCCUCGGUCACAUCAAGGUUGAGCUCCGCAGGGCGAGGUUGAAGGGUCCUCGAGCUAGCACCGAUGAUGUCAAGCUAUCACGGCUUCAUCAACGGCCGUAUGACGAAGAAAAGGUCAAAUUGAAGUUGGCGCACGUGGCCAAUCUUCAUCGCAAACAAGAGGUAGAAAGCACGAACGAAACGUGGAACCUGACCACGGACCCUCAAGACGAUAAUCCUUUCUAUGCGUUCCUCUUUAAGCACAACUCGGAGGCUGUGUGGCGUGCCAGUGGUCAUCUGAGGAGGAAUCGCCAUGAACCCGUCUUAGGGAGCGAGAAAAACCCCAUCAUCCUCUGAGGAAGCCCUCCAAUAACAACGGCCGGAGAGACCUGAUAACAGGGGAUAUAUCGUGGAUCCACGAGAGUACCAGGGCGAAUUUUGCGAACAGAGUCGUCAGAGAUAGUCGAUAUAGC